AGGUAAAACACUUUGAUAGAAAAUAUAACUAUUUGAAGUUUAAAGAAAAAAUGGAAAAAGAUGGAUAUGAGCCUUUAAACGAAAAAUAAUAUACUCAAUUAUGAUGUUAGUUUAAUUGUUUUAACUGUAGUAAUACUCUUUCAAAUAUGUUGUCCUCUCAAGAGUUACUUGACAAGUUUAGCGUGGAAGUAUUUAAAAACAAUUUUCAAUACAAUUAUACUUCUAUGACCGAGUUAAAUACUUAUCUUCAAAAAAGUAUUGAUAGUGAUGUAGACUGUUUCACAAAAAAUCAUAAAUUCCAAGAUAUUUUUAAAAAUAUUCACUUUCGUUUAAUAGACAUAGUUGAUUACAAAAAACAUGCAUCAGACUAUCAAAGUUCUCUUCCUGAAAUUUUAUAUCGAACAUUUUAUUUAGUUAAUCAAUGUUUAACAAAUCAACAAUCUAAUAAUGAAGAAACAAAUAAAUGGACUUUACCUAUGAAAUUAGAUGAAUCAGAUAUUAGUGGUUCUAAUAUUACAUAUUUUACAAGUCUUGGAAAAGAAUUUAAAUUACCAUCAGAUAAGUAUGAUCGAUAUUGUUUGCUUAUUCAUGUUGGUGCUGUUAAAUGCUUUCAAUUUGAAAAACAAUUAAAUUAUAUAAAUAAUUCAAUUGAAAAUAUUUGUGAUUUUUGCUUCCAUAAUAAUGAAAUAAAUUUAGAAGCUUUAAAAUACUUAACGGAAUGUAUGACAGUUAUAACAAAAGAUCAGUGGAAAAAGUCAUCAAAAUGUAUUUAUAAGGUCCUAAUGGGUCAAAUUAAUCAUUAUUUACCAUCAAUCCAUGAUCAAUGUAUUUUACUUUUGAACAAAUGUUUAGACCUUGAAGAUUUAGAUUAUAUAAUUAAUAUAGUAAUGAUAGAAAUAUCAUGGUCUUUGAGRACUAAAUUUUAUAUGUUGACUGUUAUUGCAUCAAAAUACGGUGCCAAAAAGAUUUUAGAGAAGUAUGAUAUUUUAUCAAUUUCAAUGUGGAAAUGCUUAGAUGAACCAUACUUGAUGUCCCCUUGUAUGGAUCUAUAUAAAACAUUCAUUAAAGAUUUAAGUGAAGAUGAUUUUAGUACUUUAGUAAUGCAGCCAAUUAUUAAUUAUCUGACUAAUAACAAUAUUAAUUCUGAGUUAACAAGGUAUAAUUUUGUGACUUACCUAUUACCUCUAUUGAAAACCAAACAUAUGGACAGUUUAUUGAUGUUAUAUGAAAAAAUUAAAAUUUAUAAAAUAUGUAAUAUGAAAUCUGAUUUAUAUCUUCAAAUACAUGUAUUAAAAAUGGUUUAUAAUACUGAAGUAGAAAAUGUUCAAGAAAUACUUGAUUUAUCUUUGAAUUCUGGUGAUGCUAAAAUAAGAUCUGUAGCAUUCACUAUUUUGUGUUCUUCAAAGUUAUCAACCAAUAUAUUGGAUUUUAUUUACAAUUUUAUUGUUGAUAAUAUAAACAGCGAUUGUUCAACUCUCAGGACAGAACUUGUUUCUGGAUUAAAAAAUAUUUUAURCAAGUCUAAGAAACUUAAUACAUCUAUACUCACAUUUUUAAACAGAUUGCAUGUAUUCAUCUUAUCAAAUCUAGUUCCUGGUUCAAAUUAUCAAAGAAAAAUUACAUCAUUGAAAAUAUAUUCGGUUAUACUUAAGUAUGAAAACAAAAAUUAUGUUUCAUAUUCAUGUAGACAUUUAAACACUGUUAGAGAUUGUGUUGAGCAAUUAUACAAUAUAGCAAAAGAAAAUGUGUGUGUUGGURUUGAUACUAUUGUUGAUUUACCCCAAGCAAGAGCCCAACAUCUAUUAACUGCAAUUUUUUCGAACGCGUCAAUUUCUACAAGUAUUUUAUAUUGUUUUAUGGAAGAUAUGAUCAUGCUUUGUAUCGAUAAACUCAAUUCUUCUCUUUGGACAAUCAGGAAUGCUGCUCUUCAGUUUUUCAGUUCACUCCAAGUGAGAUUGAUUGGUCAAAAUCGUUUAAACAAUGAUUGUUGGUUAUCUCAUUUACCACUAGAGCCAUUACUAUAUCAUUUUCCACGAUUGAUGCAACGUUUACAAUCUUUAUGGUUACAAACAAACUGUAAACUUUCAAGUCAAGCUCGAUUAAUCCCAUUCAUGUCUCUAUUGAAGGGUGCAAAAAUACAGUCAUGGAGUUUGUUACCAUUAAACCAUCAACAAUUUUUAAAAAGUCUUCGAUGUAAUUUGUGGUCUAUUGGUUUUGGUAUUGAAAUAUAUACUGUAAGAAACAUGGCAGCUCAAGCUUACGCCAACACAAUACAAGUAAAUGAAAUAUCAUCAACUCUGAAUAACAUUAGUUAUGAAAUAAUAAAAUGUGAUGGAAGAAUUAAUUUUACAGAAUUUAAAGGUUUUAAUUAUUUGCACGGGUUGAUGUCAGUGUAUAAAUGUUUGAAAGAUGUUUAUUAUAUGGAAUUUAACCAAGAAUAUGAGGUUUUUAAAAUAGCACAUGAAUAUUUACCACCAUUAUGUAAAUCAAUAUAUGUAUCAAUAAACUGUGAAGUAAUAGAUCCACUUCCUUCAAAUUCAUCGAUUGAAUACAUUCAUGUUAAACAAUUAAUGAUAAAAAAUUACAUCUCACAACAAAUCACAUCAAACUUUUCAGACUUUAAAGAAUUUUUUAGGAACGCUGAUAAGCACACAACUUUAAGCUUUUUUAGAUGCCUUAGAGAUUGUAACACAGGAUACGAAAAUGGCGUACAUUUAAUAAGUAAAUUAACCGAUUUACUUAGAUGGGAAGUUGACGACAAGGACAUAUUAAAAGAAAUUAUUCUGAACAUUGAAGUGCUUUUAUAUGUAAGACAUGAAGAUAUUAGACUUGAGUUAGAACUUUCUGAUACUCGGUUUUCUGAAAUAUUACAAACAUGUUUAUUAUGUUCAGAAAAAGAUUUUAUCGCUAUGCUACCAGUUCUCACCUGGUUAUGUCCUAGAAAAGUUUAUACAACAUUUUUGCCGAUUGUGCUUAAAUUCAUCGAUUGUGACUCUUAUGACUCUAUUGAUAGAUGUAGUUCAUCAAAAUCUCUAUUUUAUUGUAAAUACACGAAGAAUGAUGCCAGACUGUGGUUUGCAGUUGUUGAGUUAUUGCAAGAUGAAGACACUAAUGUACGAGUUGAGGCGACAAGGUUUAUGAGUCACAUAACUGAAAAAAAAGCUUACUUACUAAAUCCUUAUAUGUGUUUAAGGAAAAUGUUUGAGAUUGACAUAGUAUCUUCUAUAAUAAGCCCAAGGGUUGCAUUUACCUGUUUUUGGGACCAGUUAUCUAAAAUUAAAGUACGCACUAAAUUUGAUGAAACAAUAAAUCCAUUCUUUAAUGAACAGUCUAAUGUUUAUCAAGAACAUUCAAAUAUCAUGAAAUUGGCUUUUGAAGGUCUCAAAUCUUUGAUUAAGUUAAAUGAUCAUCUUGAUUAUUAUAAAGAAGAAGUAAAAAAAUGUCUUGGUACUUUAAAAAAUGAAUGUGAAUUUAAACAUACAUUAAUUGAUGAAGAUUUAAUGAUUUUAGACACAUAUUCGAGUGUACAUUACCAGCAAUUAUACUAUAAAAGAGAAAUUUUAGUUUUAUUGGAUUUCAAAGAUUAUUUAAGUAUGUUUUUUCCAAUACUGAAGUUUAUUGAUUUAUCUAUUAAACUCUCUAAUGCUUAAGACAAUGUUAAAAUUAGUGUUCGGUAGGUCUUAGGUUAUUGAUUUAAUAAUGCUGUGUAUUAAAUAUUAAUUAUYACAUUUUUUUCCAACUGUAUAAACUACUGAAAUUUAUUAACAUGGGCCUUAAUGUACAUAAGUGCAUUUAAUUAAAUAUUAUGUUAUAAUUCUAUUCUUAAAAUGUUUUAGCUGUAUGGUUUUUUUUAUUUUCUAAUUUCAACUGUAAGUUAUGUCACAACUAUGUAUGUAUGACUAUAAUAUUUCCCAUUGGAAAUAAAAAAUUCAUA